AUGGAGACAUUCUUUCACCCGCGAUCCGAAAUUGAGAACCGUGGACCCCUAUUGCUGAUCAUCAAUGGCACGAUAACAGGCGUCGCGACGCUCAUUGUGGGCCUUCGCGUGGUUUCAAGGGUCUUCAUUGUGAAAAUGUUGGGUGUAGAUGACUGGAUGAUGGUGGCCGCGAUGAUCUUCGCAAUUUUGAAUGUGGUGAUCGCGGGACUUGGAGUCAAGUAUGGCACAGGGAGACACAAAUGGGAUGUCCCCAAAGCAGAUGUGGUGCCUACAGCGAAGGUUCAAUACGUGACUCACAUCAUUUAUACCCUAAUCAGCGGUCUGAUCAAGGUAUCAAUAUGUCUGCUAUACCUACGCGUGUUUCCUAACAUCCGAAUAAUCUCCCUUGCAACAAUCGCAUUCGUCACAGCCAUGAGUGUCGCAAUUAUCCUCGCGACCAUCUUUCAGUGCUCCCCGGUCGAUGCUGUCUACGACGAACAGAAAUAUAAACAUUAUACCUGCUUCCCAUCUAUUCCGUUUUGGUAUGCGACUGCCGCGCUGUCUCUGGUGACGGAUAUUUGGAUUCUUCUCUUGCCACUGAAAACAGUUCUGGGGCUUCAUCUUAGAACUGGGAAAAGAUUCAUCAUCGCCGGUUUGCUAUCAUUGGGCUCCUUGUAUGUGCAAAGUGUGCUCUUUAUUUGA